UAUGGCUCAUUUCGUGCAUUCAGUGUCCGGCUUUCGAUCCACCAUGUUCCGUUCGAGCUCGCUGCUUCUCCUGGCUGCCGUCCUGGUCCUCGGCUCCGUUGCCGCCGAUGUCGUCAAUUUCGUGCCCUGCGCCGACAGUGUGGAUACCUGCACCAUCAACGAGGUGCGGGUGACUCCUUGCCCGGAGGCCCAAAGGAAUGUUGCCUGCAACAUCCGCCGACGUCGUCCUUCCCAAAUGAGCUUUGAUUUCACGCCCAACUUCGAUGCCGACUCCUUGGAAGCCAGUCUGGGAUGGGCCAAGUCUGAGACGGAGGAGCUGCCCCUGCUGACCCUGGAUCGCGAUGGCUGCAAAUACGCUUCCUGCCCGGCCAGGAGUGGUGUGAAGGCGACCUACACCAUCGACGUCCCGAUCGAGGCCAAGUUCCCUCUGAGUCCUUACACCAUCAGAUGGGCUCUCAAGGAUCCUGCCUCCGGCAAACGUUGUUGCUUCACCAUCGACAUCAAGGUUGUGCGCUAAAGACAGAAGUUUAUAGGAAGUAUUUUUUCUUUAUAAAUAGCCCAAUGGAAAAGUAUUCUGAACUCUAUUUGGUUUUUAAAAGUUGGAAAAAUGUUUCCUUGUAUUGUCCUUAUUUCCUGCAAUUAAAAAAAUAAUUUUCUGUUAACGA